CUGGUAAAAGUGCUGUGCGUCGCAGUGGCUUUGAUGGUAUACACUGAAAACGCGGGCAUUUUGUGCAGUGCAGAAUUUGACAAACCCGGUGGUGACUGUAUGCAUAUGGCAUUACGGCUGCGUAUGAUACUGUAUCGAUUUGCGGAUGGGACUUACAUUCAUGGAGUGGAAAUAUCGCGUAAAUCUUUCGUUUGGCGUUUAAAACUCGAUAGCACAUGUGCAUCAUCUUAAUAUGGGUUUGAUUGUGUGUGCCUACUAUUGUCUGAACAAGGUGUCGCCUAAUGGAAACUGAAGCGUUCUUGUCUGAUUUGUAUGCUGCAUAUCUGAACGUUUAUUAGCGCAAGUCGUGUCGGAUGGUUCAUUUAUGAUUAUCAGCUACGAACACGUGCGAGCUGGGCUGUGUGACUAAACACUUUCCAUUGCGGGCGAAUUCUCUCGAUUUAACAGUUGGUCUGUUUUUAGUACCACCUGCUGCGUGGUGAGCAGUGUGCCGUAGGUUUACUAGUGCCUGUGUGUCAAAGUCAAGAAUCCUAUCGGCAGUUCUUUGGUUGGCGAUUUAACAGUAGACGUGUGUACUGUAUAUGUACCUAUUCUGCCGUCACCGUAUGGCUUUGACCGCUUCCGGAAGCUCGUAUGUUUACACCUAAUUAAGGCUGCCUGUUUUAACAGAGCACUGAAAGUGCAUAUUUAUGUUUUGGUUUGGUUUAUUGUUGGGAAAUUAAAGUUACCCUCGGUGAGCCUGGUGGAGUUUAUUGUUAUUCAGGUAAAGAAGGCCACGGGAUCGGUGAUUAACAGUUGUAUACGGAUUCUGAUGUCCCGAAGUCGUCGCCUCUCUCUGCUCAGGAUCUCAAGUCAGGCGUAUCUCAAGACAUGCCCGUAUCCAGCACAGCUUUUCAGUGGUCAUCUGGAGAAUCCCAUUCCAAUGCGCGUAGUGGUGAUAUUUCAUCGGAUACUUCUGGUUCCUUGGCUGAGUGGACACAUUUUGAACCUGGUCUCCAUCAUUCGUCUGAGAAUGAUCCGCACAAUAUUCUUAAAGAGCUUUUGACUCCCCUUAAAGACGAUCCUUUGGCUCCGGAUACUGUUUUGAAGCACCUGCUGAACGACAAGACAACUAGUGACGACGGAAACAAUAAACAGUUGCGACUUCUGCUUGCAGAAAGUCUGGAGAACGGAUCGCCCAGCAUCAUGUACCAAGAACAGUCUUUGAUGAACUCAUUUAUACCGAAUCACAUCGACGUGAAUCAAAAUGCCCCACUGUUAACCGGGAAAAGAAAGAUCGAAGAGAUUGAUGGGGCAGAGCCCGGCAAUACUCCCAAAUUAGCUGAAAAAAAUAAAAUGCUUGCUGCGCUGCUACAGAAUACCACUAAACAGCAGGCGACUGACGGGGGCUUACCCGUACCAAAUCCCGGUGAUCUUCCACAAAAUAAACUGCCAAAGGAUUUGAGCAAUCGGAUACUAGCCCCACCUGGCGUAGGUCAACCCAGGCCUCCAGUUCGCUUGGCUGAAUCGAUAGGGGAAUUUGGAGAUGACGGCAUGAAUCGAACUCAUGACAACAUGGAAGAUGUGCUGGGCCUCUUGGAAGACUUGGUAUCGGAAGAGCGGCCCGGUGGUAGCGAUUUGGGAAGUGUUUUGACGGCAGCGGAUCAGCAAGCCAUUGCGCACAUUAGGGAUGCUCUAUGCGCCGAUGUUUCCAUGAAUGGGCCUCUGUCGUUACAGCCGGUCCCUCAAGCGUACCGAGAGCAGAGUAUAGCAUCGUCCAUGGCAAUGGGUCCAAGAUAUGCCAUGGUACAGAAUCAGCAGAUAGUGCGGACAUCAAUGAACGUAUAUGGUAACAAUACCGAUAGUGGUGGUAUGAUAAUGCAACGAAUGCCCGGCAACGCCAUGAUGCUCCCCAACCAGAUUAACUCACCGUCCAGACCCGGAAUGCCCUCCGAUUUCAACACCAGCCGCUCACCAGUGCCUCCUUCGGGAACGUCAAGCAACAACCACCUGAAGGCCCAACUGCGGAUGCAGGCAUGGCAACGACAAGUGCGCGCGCAGCAGCAGGGUCAGGCCAGUAUGGGCCAGGCACCCGGUUUGCCGGUGUCUAAUAAUCCUGCUAGCCUCCAGAGAUCUCUCUCCAUACCCAGUCCCAGCGGCUCCAACUUCCCUGUUAAUGGAUUCCAAAAUGUUCCACAAAAUCAUCCUCAGUUUGCACCCCAGCAGUCAGUGCCUUAUUCGCCUCCGCCGCAAGCCGGCCUCCGAUUUCCUGUCCAGACGCCCGCCCAACCCUUGAGUCCUCGUCAUCCUAAUCCACAGGUGUCUGGCCGAAUGAUGCGUCCGGGUAUGUGGCCGCAGCAGUCGCAGCUCUCUGGGAUGGGCGCAGUCGGUGCUCCCCAAUCACCCCACCCAUUACAGUCCAAUAAUAGUAUGAACAUGGCUGCUGUCGCACAACAGCAGCAGCAGCAGAAUCCGCCUCCAUAUUCCACUCAGCAGUUUAUCAAUCAGAGUAACGGACAGCAGUUCAACCUUUCGGCGCACAUGAUGACGCAGAAUCCCAAUCAACCGACGAUGCAGUCGCGAAUGACGCCAUCCGGAGGAGGAGGAGCCGGUGGUGGAGGCGGUGGUAUGCCUUCUAGUCAGUUCUCGCAACAGGGCACAAUGCAACAAGACGGUUUUGGAAACGCGGGCAUGUAUCAAAGAAACGUUAUGCCCGGAAUGCAGUCGCGGAUGGCCAAUCCGAGUCAAAAUCAGCAGUUAAUGCGGAACAAUUACAGUAACAUCACUGAAGACAUGCGAGCCAACGAUGGAUCGUUCGGGUCAUAUCAGAUGAAUGGCGGUAUUAACAGUGCACCGCCUAAUUUAACAUCUCAGCAACAAUUCCGCUGGGAUGUCAGCGGCGGAGAUCGAUCGAACAUGCAGAUAGCAGGUGCUCCUAACCUGUCGUCGCAGAACCAUGCGUCGCGUAUGGCUGCCCCCACAAUGUCCAUGGACAGUUACCCGUCAUACGAUUUUUUUAACGAUGUCGACGCAACGUCCAAUGGAAUGGGCAACAACCAUACAUCCCAAGGACAUCAUGUAAACGAACAGCAAUUUCGCUCCAUGUAUUCUACAGAGGGACAGGGUGUCAUGUCUCAGCACAUGAAUCAAUCCUAUGCUCCAGCACCUGACUUAAUGGGCGUUAAUCGGCCUGGAAACAGUCCGGUCCACCAACAUCUGCAACAGCCACCCGGAGAUCGGGGGAAGAGUCUACUGCAAGAAUUGUUGAGCCAGAAUAGCGUAUGAUCGCUUCGUUAUUUUAACGGAAAGGGAGUUCCUGUUAACCGUCCACUCUGCAGUGGUUUUGUUAUAAAUUCGGCAAUGGAAUGCGUGGCUGAGAUGUUGUUAUUUUUCCGGAAGAGGGGCCGAUUUGCUCAUGCACAAGAUGGAGAUUAUCGAAAAACGACAGUACAUCGACUGUUUUGUUAAUUUUUGGACCCUCGUUGUCCCCCGUUUUCCACUCGUGGUUGAACGACAUGAGAUUUUUCUGAAAGGAUGUUGAUUUACCUUUUCGAAAUAUGUUUUAAGUUAUUUUACAGAGGCCUUAUUGUUUAUUAUUAUUCGUCAGAGAGAGAAAAGAGGUUAUGAUGUGGCGGAUGGGGUUGGCGCAUAAAUGUUUCGGAUGGUCUGAUUAAUUUUGGGAUGGGGAAAUCUUACUGAAAUCAGUGUAACCGAGACUAGAGCGGAGCUUUUUUUUAUCGGCUAUUGGCACACUGAAAUGAGAUGGUUCAUUUGGGAGAGAUGGUAACGUUCCUUUUUGCAACUCGCCAUUUGCACUUUCGGGCCGCCUUCUCGGUGCGAUAAUGAUUUUUGUCUGAUAAUUAAAUAUUUCUGAAAGAGA